AUGGCAGACAAAAAAAAUCUAGUCAAAAACAUUUUCGGUAUUAAUUUGACAGUGAUGAGAGUCUUGGGUUUUUAUUCUCCUCGAAAAUAUAAACACUUGUAUAAAUUCUACACCUUUACCGUAUACUGUAUGUUCACAGUUUUAGUUCCUAUUUUGUCAAGUUUGUACCUAAUCAUGGAUCCACACGUGAAUUUAGACAAGGUAGCAGAUAAUGCUUUUGUGAUUUGUCAGCUGGGAUGUUUUAUAAUAAAAAUGUUGCCACUUAUGUUCAACGAAGAAGAAAUCAGAAAAAGCAUCUACAUGAUGGAACACCCAAUAUUUAUGAUUGUCACAAAAGGGCAAGAAACCAUUAUUGAGGAUUGUAGAACAACAUGCAGACGAACUAGUUUGCUAUUUCUAGUUUUUUGUAUGCUCUGUAUCGUUACUUGGGGCAUAACUCCUUUUUUUGAAAGUGGCUAUAAACUACCGAUUGAUAUUUGGUUGCCAUACGACGUUACGAAAAAUUCAGUGGUGUAUUUUAUGACCUUCUUCUACGUACUUGCAGGGGCUGGAAACGGAGCAAUAUCAAAUGGAGCUCUAGAUCCAUUAGUUGCAGGAAUGACGUAUUUUGCGACUUGCCAAAUAAAGAUCCUUAAAGAUAAUUUGCAACAUUUGGGUGAGCAACCAGAAGCCAAAACGUCUAACAAAAAAUUAAUUUAUGAGCAAAUUAUGCAUUGCGUUUCUCAUCACAAUAUUAUCAUAGAGUUUGUAGAAAAGAUAGAGAAGGUUUAUUCUUCCGUAGCUUUCACCCAAUUUUCCGCCAGUGUCCUCGUCAUCUGCAUCUGCUGCUUUAAACUUAGUCAAAUAUCUCCUUUCUCGAUGAACUUUGUCUGGAUGGCGACAUUUCUCUGUACGAUGCUUAGUGAAAUUUUUUUGUACAGUUUUUUUGGAACAACGCUUUAUGAAGAGAAUCAGACACUAAUUCAAGCUGUGUAUAUGGGAAAGUGGUAUGAAUAUGAUCUGAAGUCGCAGAAAGCUCUCAUUAUUUUAAUGGAACGUUCUAGACGACCUAUGAUUGUGACUGCCGGAAAAAUUCUUGAUUUGUCGCUGGAAACUUUCACUACGAUUCUGCGAAGAGCCUACUCUUUGUUUGCUGUUCUUAAAAACUACUAA